CAACCUUAUCAGUUUUUUUUUUUUUUAUGUAGCUGUUUCGGCUGUAUGUACCGCAUGCAUCUUGGUAGUUUGUGAUGUAACUUGUGUGUCGCUAUUACGUUUGAUUUGAAUCUUAAUAUUGAUAUUAUAGAACAAUGAUUGUGCAGUGUAAGUUGCAACAGUGCGCUAGGGUGUCUCUUCGAAGUACGGUGGUUCUCUGUCACAUAUCGUCUCGUCAGGCUUCUCAACAGCUACAUUCUCGGUCAUAUGGACUACUGUCAUUUACGACAAGGGGAAGGAACAGCAAUCUUGCCACCGGCUGUUCAGUUGGGCCACUUGUUGCCCAACAACGAUGGUCAUCGGGAGGAGGAGGAGGCGCACCUCUUCAAGAGGUACCUUCUGCAUCGUUGGAGGUUUCAGCAGAACAGAUUCCACCUCCUCCACUUCAUCCUAUACUUGAAACAGUGGAGUCUGCAGCUAGCUUGCUGAGUAAUGAUACUGCCCAGAGCCUUGAAGACCUGGGGCUUGGUGGCUGGAGCCCUUCUGGAUUGCUACAGCAUUGCCUCAACUUCUUGAAUUCAGACUUUGGAAUACCAUGGUGGGGUACCAUUGUCAUAGGUACAGUGGUGGUGAAAACUCUGAUGUUCCCAUUGGUUGUAAAGGCGCAGAAGAAUGCAGCACAUAUGAACAAUCACUUGCCACAGAUGCAGAUACUACAGAUGAAAAUGAGUGAGGCGAGAAAGUCGGGCAACCAGUUGGAGACUGCCCGAGCUGCCCAUGAGCUGAUGCUUUUCAUGAAAGAAAAGGAUGUCAACCCAGUGAAAAACAUGAUAAUACCGUUCCUUCAGGCUCCAGUCUUUAUCAGUUUUUUCUUUGCACUGCGUGGCAUGGCCAAUCUACCUAUGGAGAGCCUCAAGACUGGGGGUAUGUUUUGGUUUGUGGACCUAACAGUGCCAGACCCAUUCUACAUAUUGCCUCUUCUCACUAGUGCGACACUUUUCUUUACUAUUGAGCUGGGAGCUGAAGGUGGCUUGAGAGCAGACAACAUGCAGUGGACACGACAUGUGUUUCGGGCCAUUCCUGUCGUCAUCUUUCCCUUCAUCAUGGGGUUUCCAUCUGCUAUCCUGUGCUACUGGACAACUAGUAAUGCUUUUUCACUAUGCCAAGUGGGUCUCUUGCGUGUGGAAGCUGUAAGAAAGCGACUUGGCAUGCCGAAGCUGAUUAAGCACAAGAGGGAGACACUGCCACUUUCCAAAAGAAGCUUCAUGGAAGGUGUAAAGGAUUCAUACACAAAUGCAAAAAUCACCAGAGACCUUGAAGAUCGAGUCCGUGCUGAUGAGAUGAGAUUUAAGAAAGCAGGCUUAGGUCCAAUAGUGAAGACUUACCCCUAUGAUCCAACGAAACAGCUGGCAGCUCAUGCCAAGGGAGCUGCUGACAAUAAAAGUGUCAAAGGAUAACUGUAGCAAUAUGCAUGCAACUAGUACAGAGCUCUUAGUGACUUGUUAUGUAAAUAAAGGCAUGUCAGUAUUUA